AUGGGAGCGCCGGAGGACAGGAAGGAGGUCGACGUGAUUUCCGCGGACUCGCAGCGGGGAAAGUUGUUUCCUGAAGUUGACGCCGCGCUGGUCGCGUCCGCACUUAGAAGCCGAAUGACCGCCUCGUAGACGCGUUUCCUCUUUUUUUCUUUUGUUGUUCUUCCUUUCUUCUCGUCCGAGGGGGAAGAAGAUGAGCUCCAGAGCCGGCGACGCAGAGACGAGCCUGCAGGCCCAGCUGGCAGAGUACCGAGCUCAGGCCGAACACUGGCAGGGCGUGGCGACAAUCUGUGAGCUGAGCAAACAGGAGGAACUGGCAGAGCUGCAAAAACAAUGUGAUCAAGAGAUCCAGUCCCUGCAGGAGGCUCUGCGAGAGACAGCAUCGCAGUAUGAGGCCAGGAUAUCUGUCCUCCAGUCUCAGCCUGGGGAGUGGAGGAGACCCAGCGGACCGAACACGAUCGGCGGCAGGCGAGUUAGGACGGACGCAGAAAGCGCCAGUAACGGAUCCCCUCCGUCAAUCGGCAACAGCCUGACGGAGGCCGAGGCCGCGCCGCCGACGGACCGGAGGCACAACCAACCGGCGGAGCUGGAGGCGGGGGCGGAGGGAGAAGGGACGCCUCCCGCGUCGGAGGCGUAUUUUUCGCUGCGGCACUGCGACUCGGCUUCUUUGUCCUCGUUCUCCCUGGACACGCCGUCUCUGCCCAGAAAGCACCACGCGCAGGAGGACACCGACUCGCUGGUGUCCACGGGGACUCUGGUGCCCGAGGCCAUCUACCUGCCGCCGGCCGGACACCGGCUCGUCACCCACGGCGACUGGGACGCGCUCAAUGCUCAGGUGUCGGAGCUGCGAGGGGAGACGAGUCGGCUGCAGACUGAGAAGGAGGAGCUGGAGAGGGAGCUGGACACACAGACCAACCACACACACAAACAGGUAUCAAUGCUCCAGUGUCAGGUCCACACUUCCGAGGCCCUCCUCCAGGAUAUACAGAAAGCCUUCAGCCAAUCACAGAACGCCGUCCAGAGUCGGCUGGCGGAGUUAUCCUUUUCCCAGAGGAAGGUGUGCAGCGAGCUGUCCAGACUGAAAGGGGAGGAGGUCGAGCACGAGGGGCCGGACUCAUCGUUCCCAGCAACGCUGCAGGGGGCGCACUGUGAGGAGCGUCUUCGCAUCGAGAUCGUCCACCUGCAGGAGCAGCUGGACACCCGGACGGAGGAGAACGACGUUUUAGGAGUGCAGUUGUCCAGUCUGAAGACGGAGACGGAGAGGAUCCAGAGUCAGAGGGAACAGCUGCACGCCGAGCUGCUGGCCUGCCGCACUGAAGUGGAAGCCCUGCGGGUGGCGCUGUCUCACGUGCAGAGCACCAACAAGGCCCUCAGUAACGAUAAAGCGUCCCUCCAUCAGCAGUGUCUGGAGCUGCGUAGCCAAGUGAUCAGUCUGCGCUCGCAGGUGGACACCACCCAGACCGUCCAGAAGGACUUCGUCCAGCUCUCCCAGUCGCUUCAGGUGAAGCUGGAGUUGAUUCGGCAAGCCGAGAGUCUGGAACAAGUCAGGGAGAUCCUGGAGGAGGGGGUCAGCGAGGCGAGCUCGCCGCCUGCAGACGCUUCGUGAGUUCCGUUUAUCGGAACCAAAGAGGACGGACAAAAUGUUUGGCUGCUCCGACGAGGAGCAAACGGCCACGCGGAAUAUUGUCAAGACCACCGGGGCUGUCACAGCUGGUGCUGCUAGCGCGUCUCCCGCGGGACGCUCCCAAAGAGAUGGCGUCUCGUGGUGAUGGUUCCCCGUCCAUGACUCAAACCGUUGCUUAGCUACCAAAGUGAUGAUUAACCUUGAAUGUUCACAUUCCUUUAAAUCCAGUAACGCGUUUGUUCCUCUACUAAUUUACACAUGUAAAUGUUUUCUGUUAAAACUGACCUGAUUCCAGCAAAACACUCGAUAUUUCACUGUGUCACUAAAUGUCGUGCAAAUUAUGCAAUGAACUUCCGGUGCAGACGUCUUUGUUCAUUGCGGAACAUCGGCUCACAGUGCAAUUAUGAAUCGCAGUGACACGAAGCGAAUGAUCUGCAUUUCACAUAGGAUAUUUUUAUCGUAUGCACUAUUGUUGCCUCGUUAUUUUAGCUAAUUAUUGUCUUGCGACAUCCGUAGUCACUUUUAGACUUCCCGCUUAUUGAUGAUUGUGCAUCGGAACAAGAGAGAAACUCUAUGAUGAAAUCAGGAUGUGUUCGUUCAUCCAUUCAAACCAUCUGCUCGGAUUGUUUGGUGCAAAGUAAAGCUACUCAUAAUCUUUUCCUUUCAGUUCUUAUUCAAAUAUUAUGAUAAAUUGCCUCAACCCUCCUUGCAGAGCCACCAAAUAAGAUAAAAGUCCCGGGAAAUGUAAAAGAUAUAUAAUAUACUUCAUACUGUAUCAUUUGAUAUUUUGCCUUUGAUCUACUGGUGCAGAUUCAACUUUAUCACUGGCCAUAAAAGGUUGUAUUAACUCUA